AUGCUGCGCUUUUUCAAAGGCUUAUCAGCAGUGCGUUCAACGGUCUUACGUUAUCCUCGUUUGGCUAUGCGUACGUCAAGUGGAGCGGCGGCUGGUGAAAAAUGUGACGGAAUUGGUGGUGCCAGCACCACCAGCGUGGAGGCGCAGGUAUACCGUAUCGUUUCCGCACGGCUUGAUAUCCCUUUCGCCACCGCUCGUUACGUGGUGGAGCAGAGUAAAAAAGGCUCUACAGUGCCGUUUUUGGCCCGCUACCGCCGUGACGAAACUGGCCACCUUGACGAGACGGCGCUUCGCCAGCUCCUUGACAUGGCAGAGGAGCUGCGCGAGGUGCACCGGCGUCGUGCAUUCAUGCUAAAGAGUUUACAGGAUCGUGGCCUCCUCACGGACGAACUUCGCGGGGCAUUUGAGAAGCUAGUGCAUUUGAAUCAACUGGAAGAUGCGUGGGAGCCCUUCAAGGAGAAAAAGACAAGUCUUUCGCACAGAGGACGUGAGGCUGGCCUGGAGCCUCUUGCAAAGGAAUUGCUUUACACGGCAGAUCCGAUCACAGAUAUAUCAGAGAAGCUGCGUUGUGUUACUGAUGGUCCCAAACUGCUUCAAUCCAUCAUUGUGGAGGAAGUUCAGCGCUGUGACGAGGUGCGACAACUCAUGCUUGUCGAUUGUCGUCAAAGUGGUGUCAUUAGCAGUUCGGUUGUGACAGCUCCAAGAAAAAAAGUAGCCAAGGAAGCUGGUGCUGAUGCGUUUGACACGCUAAAAAAACAGUUUGCUGCAUAUGAUAAUCGUCGUUGGUCUGUGCAGCACAUAAGCGCUCACCACGUCCUGGCGCUGCAGCGUGGUGAAGGUAAAGGAGUGCUUGCAGUAAAAAUGAUUCCACAUGGACGGACCAGGGGCGUCUUUUUUGCUUGGACAAAACGUAAAUUUAUUGGAACACAACGGCAAGGUCCACCAGCAGUUUGUCGUUUGCUGAGUCAGUGCCUUGAGGCCGCGUACGAGCAUGUAUUGAAGUCCACGCAUACCACCGUUCGGCGGGACCUCAAGAAAAGUGCUGAGAAGGAGGCCAUUGCUGUGUUCGCUCACAGUCUUCGUCACAUCCUUUUGCAAUGCCCUAUGCGUGACGCGAGGCUACUGUCAAUGGAUCCGGGCGUCACCAACGGUGUCAAGUGCGUCGCCUUGGAUGAGAAUGGUGGUGUUCUCACCCGUUUCAAAUGCACUAUAAUGGAUGAGGCCAAUAUGAAGGAUUACAUUAGUAGCUGUGUUGAAAAAUUAAGGCUCAACAAGAUUGUUAUUGGUAAUGGAACCGCCUCACGACAGGUGGCAGACAUUGUUGCUGAUACCAUUGAGCAGAAAAAAAUGAAUGCUGAGUAUGCUAUUGUGAGUGAAGCAGGUGCGAGUGUGUACUCUGUGUCGGAUGUGGCAAAAGAGGAGUUUCCCACUCUUGAUCCUAUGUACCGCGGGGCGGUAAAUAUUGGUCGCCGUAUCAUUGAUCCGCUUAGUGAACUUGUGAAGAUCCCUGUGCGCUCCAUGGGUAUUGGAAUGUAUCAGCACGAUAUCAGCGAAACCGAGUUGUUGCGUGCGCUGAAUCGUGUGGUGGAGUCCUGUGUGACUUGUGUAGGGGUGAAUGCUAUGACUGCCAAUCGCUAUGUGAUGGAAAAAAUUCCCGGUGUAACGAAACGAAUGGUGGAUCAAAUUGUUCUUAUGCGCCAUUCAAAGAAGCUUAAAAGCCGUGAGGAUCUGCGUCGGGUUCCAGGUAUGACGGAAGCAGUGUAUCAGCAAAUUGCAGGUUUUUUCCGCUUUCCAAACUCCUCAAAUCCGUUGGAUAAUACCAACAUCCAUCCAGAGUCUUACGCCACAGUACAUAAACUGCUUGAGCUGUACAAGGGAAAAGAAAGGAGGGAGGUUGGCAAUGUGGGACUUCACAUGAAGGAUGAGGAACUGAAGGAAUUAGCAACUCGAAUUGGGUGCGGCCAGGCGACGCUAGAACUCAUGGCUCGGGAAUUGGCAUCGCCAGCGCUUGAUCCACGCUCAGAAUUACCACACGCAGGGCUUUUUCGUCGCGCUCCUCGGAAAGCGACGGAUCUAAAACCAGGUGACAAACUUACAGGGGUCGUGCAGAGUGUAACGACAUUUGGUGCAUUUGUGGACGUCGGCCUUCAUGACAAUGUUCUCGUGCGCAAUAUAAACAUUGACACAGUGCAUACGGGCACUCUUUUGGACGAAUUAAAUUUUGAGGGUUUUGACCAGCUCGGCAGGCUUCGGGUUCGUUACGAUGGGCUCGCCCAUGCUCCCGGUGGCGGUGCUUCGCAGGUUCGCGGUCAAGGNGACCAGCUCGGCAGGCUUCGGGUUCGUUACGAUGGGCUCGCCCAUGCUCCCGGUGGCGGUGCUUCGCAGGUUCGCGGUCAAGGGCUUUCCCUCGAAUCGGAAGAUGUCUUUGUUUCAGUGCCCGCCGCGUCGCGGAGCAACUCGCAAACGCUAAGCGGUAGCCUUGCUUCGGUCCGGGGCGAGCGGCAGCAACUAUUUGCUUCUCCCGCGCCGGGUUGUCAGAAAAAUGUUGACAACCCCCCGGUUCCUCUCGCAGGCGCUGGGCCUGCCAGGCGGCAAAAACGACAGCGCACAGAGGAUGAAGCGGGCACCGCCGAUGCCAAGGCCACGGCGAAACCGCAUACGAAGAGGAGGCGGGGCGAAGGGAGUUCGCUGGCAAAGGCGCCGCCCUCCUUUGAGGGGGUGGGGGUGGAGGUGGGUGAUGCGGUGCCGUGGUGGCGCCCCGGGGAGGGAUUGGCAAAACAGGGCGGGCGACCAAAGAAAAACGAGACGGCGGCGAAGGAGGAAGAAGAGGCCCC